AUGGCAGCGAAAUCCGAUGGUCGCGGGGUCGUCACCGGUUUCGCCCAGCUGCACAACCUGGACGAGGUGGUGGGGACCGGAGAGGACGACACUCGGAACGGCAGCUCAUUCCACAUCUGUCAUUGCUGCAACACCUCGUCGUGCUACUGGGGCUGCCGCAGCGCCUGCCUGCAUUACCUCCGGGGGAAGGGGAAGGGGAAGGGGAGAGAUGCGGCGCGGCCACCGCAGGAGGAGCGCCUCUGGCUGGACUGCCUGUGGAUCAUCCUGGCGCUGCUGGUCUUUUUCUGGGACGUGGGGACCGAUUUGUGGCUGGCCAUCGACUAUUACCACAAGCAGGACUUCCUGUGGUCAGGCCUGACCCUGUUCUUCGUGCUGGUGCCCUCGGUGCUGGUCCAGAUCCUGAGCUUCAGGUGGUUUGUGCAGGAUUACACAGGAGGCGGACUGGGCUCCGUGGAGGGGCUGAGUAGUCGAAGAGCUACAGUCGGUCUGCAAAGAGACAGGUGCUGCCGCCUCUCUGUCUGGGUCUGGCAGAGCAUCAUACACAUCUUUCAGUUAGGACAAGUAUGGAGGUACAUCCGCACCAUGUACCUCGGUAUACAAAGUCACCGGCAGAAGGAGAACCAGCGGCGUUUUUACUGGGCUAUGAUGUACGAGUAUGCCGAUGUCAACAUGCUGCGACUGCUGGAGACCUUCUUAGAAAGCGCCCCUCAGCUGGUGCUGCAGCUCUGCAUCAUGAUCCAGAGCAACAAGGCUGAGUGGCUGCAGUGUGUAUCUGCCAUGUCCUCCCUCCUGUCCCUGGCCUGGGUGCUAGCUUCUUACCACAAACUCCUGCGUGAUUCGCGUGACGACAAGAAGAGCAUGAGUUACCGAGGUGCUCUGGUGCAUCUCUUCUGGCGCCUUUUUACCAUCUUCUCACGGGUGCUCUCCCUUGCCCUAUUUGCCUCUGUUUUCCACAUCUACUUUGGCAUUUUUGUGGUGCUCCACUGGUGUGCCAUGGCUUUCUGGGUCAUCCAUGGCGGCACCGACUUCUGCAUGUCCAAGUGGGAGGAGGUACUGUUCAACAUGGUGGUGGGCGUGGUCUAUGUCUUCUGUUGGUUCAAUGUACGUGAGGGCCGGACACGGUACAGAAUGGUGGCCUAUUACACAGUAGUACUGUUAGAGAAUGCCAUUCUCAGCUCCCUUUGGUAUGCGUACCGUGACCCAGCCACCACUGACGCCUAUGCCUCUUUUGCCCUCUGUGGCGUCUUCCUGUGCUUUGCCUCAGGUGUGGCCUGUAUGGUUCUGUAUUAUGGGGUGCUACACCCCAUGGGCCCCCGGCUGAGGGUGCUGGCCAGCUCCUGCUGUGCUGAGCUGCUGUGGGGCCUUCCGUUACCCCCCGAGGCCGAGCCCAUGGCUCCCACUCCAGGCCCCCGUGGCUCUCAGGCCACCCCCACACGGGGUCUGGCAGGAGAGUAUCUGGAGUCAGAUGAAACACCCACGGACACCUGCCUUCCGGUUUUCCAGGUGAGGUCCACAGAGCCUGUGGAUGCAGCUGGCAGGCCCAUCCGGCCUGAGGGUCCUCUCAUCAAGAUAGACAUGCCCAGAAAACGCUACCCAGCCUGGGAUGCACACUUUGUGGAUCGCCGCCUGCGCAGGACCAUAAAUGUGCUGCAGUACAUUAGCCCUAAUGCGGUGGGCAUCAGGUAUAGGGAUGGUCCGCUUCUUUAUGAACUCCUGCAGUACGAAUCCUCCCUCUGAAGGCAUCUUCUCCCACAGCUCUGUCACCUCCUCAUAACCACAAUGCACAUGUGUUUCCUUUCUUUCAUUCUGCUCUUCCUCCUCUCCAGAUAUUAUCUCUUUCCAUUUGACACUCAACUCUCUCCUUCCCUCCUCUCUGAUCAUUCAGUUUUUCUGCAGGAGAUGUGUGUUUUGUCCACUGAAAAUCUGUCAAGACAGUCUAAACACACAGUCAUGAUUUAUUUUUGGAAAAAACAUACAGUGCAGAGAGAAAAUUAUGAACCUACAAUAUCUUAUGUGAUAUAUACAGGAGUCUCAUAUAAAUCCCUCUACAUUGAUAGAGGAGGGUUCUGUAUGAGUGUGUAGAUAACAUAUGAAUGUUUCAUUAUGAAAUGUGUUUAAUGCAUUAUACUGUAUUGGUGAUUCAACCUGUGAAUACUUGUGAAGGGCAUAUUGUAUGUCCCUGUGACAUGGUACUGGCGCAAAGCCUGAUGGGAAUGAUGGAGGAGAGUCUCAGAGGGUGCAGGUCUUUGCACAUCCUAACAUUUACUGCCAUUCUUUAUGUAAAUCUUUGAAAUGUAUGAUAAUGUUUACCAAGUCCUUAGCCCAUGAGUUAAAAAGCACUGAAAUGUAUAACAUGAUACUAUUACAGGAAGGACACAAUCAAAUGUGUGUCUCAGAGAAGCAAUUCAAAAUGGAUCUGUGAGCUUACGUGGCUCAAGUGUAUCCUGGCUGUACUAUUUCUGUUCAAAAUCCUAAAUCGUAAUCGCAUCAUGUAUGGAAGAAAAAAGAAGCACACUGACCUUCAAUCAGUUCCACCCACAUAUUCAAUUUUUACAGUGCAGACUGCCCUCCAGUGGAGGCAAGCUGUAACAGCACGCCUUACUUGGUCAUUUCUGCAGUUGUGACAGCACAAAAUAUUAAGAUAAGCACCUGAAGUGAAAAAACAUAAUGAAAGUAAUGUAGAAUGUAGUUGAAAUGAGCACAACGUUUUCUAAAUUGGUGGAUAGAAAAUCAUAGUUAAAAAAAACAUUCCAAAGACUUUUUUUUAAAGAUUGUAGGUGUUUAGUAAAGGUUAGAAGGGUACAAAUGUGUGUUAACACACACUUUUUUUUGAAGUGAAGUGAAAGACAGCCUUCAAAGAAUCCUCCACCAUUCCCUUCUGAAUCCUAGAAAGUACUCCCUUAUCCAACCUCCCUAUUUUGUUUAUUAUCUAAAAAAUGUUUUAGGUUGAUUAAUAUAUGCUUAUUGGGUGCAAAGACUUGUAAUAAGUUCUUGAAAAAAAGAUGACAAAUCUGAGAAGAUAUUUCUAUGCUAUUAUACUUCAGUGCGUAUUUGUGUCCACAUUUAUAGUCAUUGACAUAACUAUAUUUUGCCAGAACACACACUUUUUUACAUAACAAAAAAAUGUUGUGCAGUGCAGUGUUAAAAGGUAUACUCCUCAACAUCAGUGUGCCCUCAAAGAAGCUGUGCUCUUACAUGGGUGUACAGGGCUUCUGUUCUGGCACCUACUAGCGCAGUUGAAACAAAGCCAAAUCGCAUCUUACAGUACUGUCUUUCAAAUUUGUCUGCCCCCUUGAACCAGUAGAGUGAGUCCUUGCAAAAUGUGUGCCAUCUAUAGGCCUGCUGUGCAGCAAUUAUACUCUGAUAUACAUCUCCCUGCUGAACCUGCGGGAGCUCUCCACCACAGAUAGCCACAGGAUGACCACUCAUGACAAACAUAAAAUAAAAUGAAAAAAACAUGCCUUCUAAGUCAAAGGAGCUUGACUAAAAUUUCAAGCGAGGGCUACUGAACAAUUCAUGAGAAAAAUGAAUGCAUUUCAUACUCCAAUUUUAUCUAUUUACUCAAUGAUUCAUCUGAAUAUAUAAUGUGUGUUUUUUACAUUGCAGUGUUUGGCAUGAGUUUAGUAUGAGGCAUUAGUACAAAUGCACCCAACAAGGGAUGCCCAAGAGUCCUACACAAAGCAGAGAUUCCUUUCUCCUGGCUCACUGGCUUUCUGCUUAGCUGUGGCCACUUGUGCCUGCUAACAUCGUACUGUAAAAGGCAGAUGCCACGUAAGUCCAGGCCAAAGGUGAGAGGGGGUUUUUGCCAGGGUUGGAAAAGAACAUGAGGACAGAUCGUGGUAAAGGGCCUGACUGGAGUAUGGUGGAUGAUUCGCUGUAUGCCUGUGUGAGAACGAUGAGUGUUUACCUCUCAGCACGUACCGUACAACCUACAGUAUGUAUUAGGGGCUCAAAGUAUGCUUGUAUGGUGGUGUGUACGCAUGCUUGUCUGUGUGUAUCCACAGCCCCUUUCCCACAGUUCUGUCCUCUCGCCGAUUGUUCGACUCCAUCCUUGGUUGCUGCUCCGCCCUCUUCCCCAUCUCUGCAGUGCUGGGCCUUGGUACCCUCCAGUGAAACACUCUCACACUCUCUGGUAACUGAACAACGGGGUUGAGGCUGAACAACUGGAGAUCCUGACAUGAGAACAUGCAAUGAGGUACACUGCCAUAACCAAGAGCUUCAACAUCCAGGGUCUGCCACCCUUCAGCUUGAAAGCGAUGUUCAGCCCUGAGUAAUUGAGAACUGUUGGGUCAGCUAGGGUGGAGCAAACAUCCAACUCACCAUAUGUAUAGAUAAUACAUGAGUAUGCAAACAACCAACUUGUUCAUUGUUUACCAUAGUAGCCAGAGUAGUCCCUCUCUGUUGUAGUGAAUGAACAGCCAUGUUAAUAGUUAGUCAGUGAAUGAAUAAUGAAUAAGUAUUAAUCAAAAGAAAAAAAAAACCUAAGCAAAACAGCCAAUACAGGGGUUCCUCAGGACCAACAAACAAGACCACUGAACCAGCUGACUCAGGGGUGUCUCAAUGCAGUUCUCAUCCCCAGGCAUGUCCUCAAGGGUCUCCAUUUUUUCCUUAACAUAUUGCAUCCUGGACCACUCCGCGGCUGGGAUCGUACCACUAAAUUAUGGUUUGCACAUUUUUGUUUUCUUGGGAAUGAUUACUCAUUCUUAUUAUUGGGGGUGGGGGUGGGUAGGGGCAGUUUUUUGUGGU